GAGGAGGAGGAGCGGAUCACGUCGCGGACUCCUGCUACGUAGGUUCCGGCGGCAGCGACUGCAGCGCAUGGCGACCCUGGGACAUCCUGCUCGGGAGACACCGGCGGCCCCCGCCCCAGGACACCCCGUGUGCAGUGACGACACCCCCAGGGCGCAUCCCGUAGGCGGUGAAGGCGGCGCAGCUUCCAGGAAGCAAAAGAAGAAAAGUCGUAAAGGGGCCUCUGUGUCGAAUGGAGCCGGGAAGGCUUGCGAAAAGCCGGCCCCAGAGGAACCCCCUCCAAGCCCGGAGGCCCAGGCGGAGCAGCUGGCUCGGGAACUGGCCUGGUGCGUGGAGCAGCUGGAACUGGGCCUCAAGAUGCAGAGACCCAGCCCGAAACAGAAAGAGCAGGCUAUUGGGGCAAUCCGAACCCUGCGCAGCGAGAGAACCCCUCUGCCCCGGAAGCGGCAGCUGAUGCGCUCCUUGUUCGGGGAUUACAGGGCGCAGAUGGAAGCCGAGUGGCGCGAAGCCCUGCGGGCUCUCAAGACCGCAGCCCAUUCAGCCCACGUGCAGCCUGUGGGUGAGGCCGCCAGAAAGAAGAGCCGAAGGGUCUGCAGGCCCCGCCUGGAAAGGGGAACUAAGGCCACCCUGGACAUUCCAGAUGAAGAGUUUAGGUUCAAUUUCUUUUAGCCUCUCCUCCCAUCCUGCCCCUGGACGGUCAGUGAACCUGGUCCAUGGCUGCUGGGCAGAUGUGAGGCCAGCGUAGUGAAUACUGUCUGACAAGCACAGACCCCGUUUGUGGGUUUUCAGAUGAACGGUGCCUGCUGCUGGAAGACGGAGGUCCAUUUAAGAGAUUGCUGCAGUAAACUGAAGUUUCAGCAUGUGGCAGGAACGUCUUGCUCAGUUUUCAGGGUUAGACUAUGGCUGAGGGUGAGGGGAAAGCUGCAUAAUUGCACAUUGGUGCUCACUUAGGAAAGGCAUGCUGUUACACCGGGUGGUACUUAAGUAAAGAAAAAAAUAGUAAAAACAGAAAGAAACAAAACCACAAAAAUGGGUGAGAGUGUGUGCGAAUUGCCUGUGUUAGAGGAAGCACAGAUGAGGCCAGGUUGGGCACUGGAGUCCAGGUUCCUCCCCGCGCUCAGUCCUCUGUGUGGUCCUCCUCCUGGGAGCAGUGUGCCCUGCAGCCAGCCUUUGUUCCUAGUGACCAGGCCGGAGACCCAGGGCUGGUGCUGCCCUGAACCAGGUUUUGCAGUUUCUCAAUCAGUGGCUUUGAUGCUGUCUUUGCUGGUGUCUCUCAAAUGUGCAUCCCAUAAUGGAUAGGUACCUGGAGCCCACCUACCUAGUCAGCAUCUCUGCUUUGAUGUUUGGUAGGCAUUUCAAGUUUGUUCAAAACGUUCAGUUAGCGCCCGGCCAUGGUUGCGCAUCAACCUAUGAACCAGGAGGUUGCGGUUUGAUGCCUGGUCAGGGCACAUGCCCAGCUUGCAGGCUGGAUCCCCAGUAGGGGUCAUGUAGGAGGCAGUCAAUCAAUGAUUCUCAUCAUUAAUGUUUCUAUCUCUCCCUCUUCCCGUCUCUGAAAUCAAUAAAAAUAUAUUUUAAAAAAUA